UUUUGAGAAGCAUAGGAAUGUGAGUUAGUAUAUUAAAUUAUACUCGUUUUGGUAAAAAGAAUCUAUAUUUGAAAAGUCACCCGCCGGCACGGCACCUGAGAAAAGUCCUGGAAAGAUCGACUGUUUGUAUAUGAAAAUCCCACCUCCAAUUCAGCGCGUACUUGCAUAAAUCCCUCUAAUAUUCCCAUAAAAAGCUCCCUUUUUAGAUUUAAUUCUGCUGUUUUUCUUAACAAUCAAACCGAAAGCCUCUUUUUUUGAUGUUAUUGGUUUUAAACUUUUAAAUGAAGGCUGCAUAAUUACGCGUUUUCAAGAAUCAGUCUUUGUAUUUAUUUAGUACACAGUCGCAUUCGACUACUCUUUUCAGACCCUUAUCUCUUUUGCUUGCAAUUUGCUUCUACUCUCUCUUUCUCUCUCUCCUAUUCAACUUUCUUGUUUUUGUAUCUGUCCGCUCGACUGAGUCAACCAGGUUAGGUGGUUGAACUAUUUCAAGAAACUGGUUCUAUUGCCAUUUUGGAGCUGGAUUGAUUAUUUGAUUAUAUACUUUUGGUUGACGGAAUAGUGGGGCUCGAAUUGGUUUCUGAUGAGAUGAAAGAGUUUUGGAGAUCUAAAAAUCGUGUCUUGGCGGCAUUUGCUUUGUGCAGCCUUUGUUUGCUCAACUUGAGUUUUUGCUGGUCUCUCAAUGAUGAAGGUGUGGCGUUGCUGAAAUUUAAAGAAGAAAUUGAGAGUGAUCCACAUGGAGCUUUGUCAAAUUGGAUUGAUGAAGUUGGAGUGGAGAAUCCCUGUUCUUGGUCUGGAGUUGGUUGCUCAAAAGGAUAUGUUGUUGAUCUGAACCUCAAAGAUCUCUGUCUGAGAGGUACUUUGUCUCCUCAUAUUGGGAUUCUAAUUCACUUGAAAUCUCUAAUUUUGCGCAACAAUUCAUUUUCUGGUGUGAUCCCUGAUGAAAUCACUUACAUAAAGGGAUUGGAGGUGUUAGAUGUUGGAUAUAAUAACUUCAGUGGACAUCUUCCUUGUAGUCUAGGCAACAAUUUCUCAAUGACACUUCUUUUGCUGGACAAUAAUGAGCGUAUUAGCGACAUAAGUCCUGAGAUUUACGAGCUUCAGAAGCUAUCUGAAGUUCAAGUGGAGGAGGACUUGUUAUCCAGAUCCAAAGAUGCAGCUUGUGAAAGCCUAUUUAUGUCGUGGCCUUCCUGGGAAAAAAGAGAUGUGGGAGAGCGGAAAUUAUUACAAGAACCUCCUCCAGUUAGGAGAAACCCUUACAGGAUCGUUCUUCCACCAAGUCCCCCUCGAGAAUUUCUACCACCAUUUCCAGAUCCAGAUUUAGCUCCACCUCCAAGUUCAGCUCCGGCUCCUGAUCCUGUGCCACAGUCUCCUCCACCUGUGCCUACGCCACCUUCCUCAUCCUCUUCCCCUUCCGCUAACAAUAAUUCUCGAACAAUACUUCCAGAAGCAGAGAAUCGAACUACCGCAGCUAGGAGUGGCAGAAAGGAUCAGACACUUGUACUGCUUGCAUCCAUUGGUGGUUCUCUAUUGCUUUUACUUACAAUUAUUGGUAUUGUCUUCUAUCAAUAUGGUAAAGUUGCAACUGUCAAGCCCUGGGCAACAGGAUUAAGUGGCCAGCUGCAGAGAGCGUUUGUAACUGGUGUCCCAAAGCUCAAGAGAUCUGAGCUCGAAGCUGCUUGUGAAGAUUUUAGCAACGUGAUUGGUUCAACAUCGAUUUGUACAUUCUACAAGGGCACAUUGUCCAGUGGGGUUGAGAUUGCAGUUGCAUCCGUUGCCAUGUCAUCUGCAAAGGACUGGUCUGGUAAUCUGGAAAGCCAAUUCAGGAAGAAGAUUGACUCACUAUCAAAAGUGAAUCACAAGAAUUUCGUCAGCCUACUUGGUUUUUGUGAGGAGCAGGUGCCUUUCACAAGAAUGAUGGUUUUUGAGUAUGCUCCCAACGGAACUCUGUUCGAGCACAUACACAUAAAAGAAGCCGAACACUUGGACUGGACAAUGCGAUUGAGAAUUGCAAUGGGCAUCGCAUACUGUCUCGAGCACAUGCACCAAUUGACAUCCCCAUUAGCGCACAAAAACCUGACUUCAUCCUCAAUCUAUCUAACCGAAGACUAUGCUGCCAAAGUAUCCGACAUUGUCUUCUGGGACGAAGGUGCUGCAGCAGAGAGGCAGUCUGAUCCACAGAGCAACGUCUACAGCUUUGGGGUCAUACUGUUUGAGAUGAUGACAGGUAGGCUCCCAUACACCACGGGUAGUGACUCUCUUGAAGACUGGGCAUCGGAUUAUCUUAGAGGAACACAAACUCUGAGAGAAAUGGUCGACCCGACCUUGAGAACGUAUCAGGAAGAUCAGCUCCAACAGAUUGGUGAACUGAUCAGAUGUUGUGCUGAUGAGAGGCCGUCGAUGAAAGAAGUUUGUACGAGGUUGAGAGUGAUAACCGGGAUAGGGCCCGACGGAGCCAUCCCGAAACUGUCACCCCUUUGGUGGGCGGAGCUUGAGAUUCUGUCGACUGAGGCCAGCUAAGUUGAAAAUGGGAUUAGGUUUCUUAUGUUUAUUGUCUGUGGAGGAAGCUUCUUGCUGCCUCUUCGUGUAAAUUCAAGUAUGUAGAGAGGGGCGGGGAUAAAAUAUGGUGGUGAAUAUAUAUAUAAAUGUCUUUUUUUAAUUUUGGUGAGAGAUGUGAACUAAGGUUUGGUGUAAAUGACAAAUGCAGUUGAGAAA